ACUUGAAAGGUGGGUAGGCUCCGAUUUGAGAUUCGCGAAAAUAAUUAAUUCUCUUAUCAAGGUACCAAUUAAAUUAAUGUACAACUGUAUAUCGUCGUGUGUGAGCGAGCGUUAACGCGACCGGAUUCAAAUAUUCAAACCGGACUUAAAUUGUGAAUAAUUAAUAAUAAAAUCACGAGACAAUGUGUUUUGACGUAAUUAAUAGCGAUAAAUGACGCUGCACAGCGUGUAUUGGCUGCUAAAAGCUUUGUUUUAUUAUUGAAUUCUGUCUACUGCGGUCAGAGUGCACCAAAAUGUCCAAGGAGAAUAGUUUCGGCAAUGAGGCACAGGAAUCGCUGUUGUAUUCUGCCAGACAUGGAGAACUAUCAGUGGUCAAAGCGAUGCUGGAAGCUAAAAAUGAAGGAAAACUUACAUUGGAUAUCAAUUGCAAAGGCAAAAGUAAAACCAAUCUAGGCUGGACUCCCCUACACUUGGCAACUUACUUCGGUCACAAAGAUGUGGUGCAAGCACUGUUGGAAGCCGGGGCUAGUGUCGAUGAGGUCAAUGACACUGGCGACACGGCGCUGCAUAAAGCCUCCUUUAUUGGAAAUGAGGAACUGGUAAUCCUCCUCCUCCAACACAAAGCCGAUGUGAACAUCAUGAACGGUGAAGGUCGGACUCCUUGCGACAUGUCUAAGACCAGAGAUGUACAACGUCUGCUAGAAGCGGCUGGCAGGGCGGAGAGACAUGAGCGGGAACUGAGGCUGUUGACUGCCGCUAAGGAUGGCAGGAUUGAUGAUAUACAAGAGCUGCUAAGCAGCCCAAACCCUCCGAAUAUAAACUGCGUGGAUGCGCAAGGUAACACAUGUUUGCACUGCGCCGCCUACAGAGGGCACACGAGGCUCGCAGUGCUGCUGCUGCAAAAUGGUGUCGAUACCACGUUGAAGAAUAAUAGCGGUCAGUUAGCAAUCGAUCUGGCAAAAGACACGGAGAUGCGUGAGGUAUUGAGCGUGAGGCCGGUGCAGCGGCUACAGAGAACUGCCGCCAGGUUCGAGGGUCCACUGCUCAAGAGAUCACGGUUUUUAGGUUGGAGACCUGUUUGGGCAGUUCUACAACGUGGAGUACUCCUAUACUACGGCUCCCGAGCCGAAGCAGCUCGGUCAGGGCCCCACUACAGAGCACGAAAGUACCUCGACGCCGCCACUCUCUCCGCCACCAGCACCGAGCCAGCCCUCAUCACUCUACACUUCAGUGACGGAGACACACACCGGCUAGCUGUGAGGGGGGAGGAUGUUGCUGCCUGCAGGCAGCAAUGGGUGACGGCAUUAAACGAGCACAUCGCAUACUCCGGUCACUAUCUCUGGGCGGGCGCUUCGCCUGACUCCGCGCGUGAAGCCACUGAAGAUUUGGAGGACGAGUGUAAACCACUGGGCUCGAUGCAAGACGCAUUAACAGCAGCUACAAAUAGCUUAGCUCUAUUAGACACACAGUUGCGCGAGUGUGGUGCCAUCGUCGCGGCGCUGGACAAGAGCGUCAACGUCGGCAACUCGCUACAUCACUCCGCUUAUAUGCGCUUCCAACACGCUUGCGGCACGGGGUCGGAGGCGCUGCAGGCGCUGCGGCACUGCGCAGCACUCGUCGCGCAGGCGCGGGACGCCGACACCGCCAGGCUUAAUAGAGAGAUAGAACGCAACCGCGUAUUAGAAGAAGCCCUGGCUGCGCUAGCGAGGACACAUCAUGCGCUCGAAAUGUCUGUUGCUGAGGAACUUACUAAGAGCAAACGAAAGAAAAAAUCAAAAUCAUCAUCGACACUGAACGACUCGAAAGAGAAUUUCUUUGACGUCUUCGAAGAAUCGGAAGACGAAGACGACACGUUAGUGACGGCGGGGCUGUCCAGUCCUCUCGGCGCGCUGAGCCCGUGGGGCAGCAGCCCAGACCUCACGCGGAGGACGCCCAUCGGCAGUCUCGAUGGUGACAAAACCCCCACAAACGAGGAACAAGACGAGCGUUACGAGCGUCGUCUGUCAGGCUCAUCGGGGGGUUCCCCCGUGUCCCUCCACACGGCCGUCAGCGCCGCCAGCUCGCGAGGCACGCUCGUGUCUCAGGGCGGACACGUGUAUAGGAACGCGAGGCCGUAUCGGAAGAACGCACAUCCCAGUUCUCAGUGGUCCCUUUAGAGUACAAUUAUUGGUCAGUAUAGAAACUUAGAUACAACAUACUUAGCCUUAGCUAAAGAGUGAAUUCCACAUAUAGAUCAACACAAACGGACAAAAUGCACAAAAUGCAAACAUUGCACUAAUUCAUAGUUUUAGUUUAGACGAUGCACUUUAUAAUGUGCUGAGAGUAAAUAAGUAUUUGAAGGGUGUGAGAGUCAAAUCAUAAUAAGUAUUUAAUGUAAAAAAAAAGUGUGGUUGGUAGAUAUUUAAAAGGUGAAACCUAUAAGCCCAGGCCAGUAAUGAAAUUUAUAUAAGAUAGGUAUUUAAUGAAGAUGAUGAUACAAACUGAUGCUUGAUGUACAUAUGUGUUCAAAACCGAGAGGACCCAAAAUUAUAUUUGUGUCUAAAAUAUUGCAUUUUUAUCACCUAUGUGCCUUUUUUGUCUGGCUGUAUAAGCCUACGAAAAUAAAAGAAAUAUUUCAGUAUUUUAAAAACAUUCCAUAGAAUUAUAGACCAAAAAGGUUUUAUCAUAUUCUGACUUCUAUGACGCGGAUCAAAAUUUUAGUUUAAAAAAGUACAGUCCAGAUUUUUUGUCUUUAAAUAUAUUUUAAUGAGUAUUCAAGAAAUAGAUAGUACCAAAAAUUAUGGAAUCAGUUUACCAAACGACAUGCCAUAUUUUUAAUUUUAAAGAAUAGGUAGAAAUUAGAUACGGUGAGAUAAAUAAUAAAUCUUGAGUAUUUAUAUCAAUAAUAAUUUUAUUUUAUCUGUAUUAUUAAAACGGUACCUGACACUAUAUUGGUGUAAAGUGCAAAUAAUUGUGAUAGACAAUAUUUUAAUUUUAUUACUUUAAGCUCAAUAUUGACAUGUAUUUAGUUGUUAGCAAUAAACGUAUUUUUUAUUA